CCUCAGGGUAUCUCGGUUCUUCUCUGGGCAUCUCGAACUUCCAGAUUUAGAGAGAGAGAGAGAGAGGUUUUGGGGGUGUGCGUCAUUAAUGGCGGUUGCGUUCUCCACUCACGCUCUUCCCAACCUUCGCCCUUCUUCAAAUUUUGCGCCCUUUAAACCCUCAAUCUCAAACCCACUCUCUCUCUUGAGGUUCCAGUAUUCCACAAGAAAUCCAAUGCUAAGGCUCUCCAUUACAUCCCCAACAGGCUCUAGGUCUUCUUUCACAGCUGCUGUUAAAGUAGCAGAUACUCAUUCUAAGAGAAUAGAGGGAGAAGAAGAUGGUGAGAUCAGUGAGGAAGAAUCAGAAAAUGAAGCUGUCAAUGAGGAACCCCAGCCUGUGAUUACUCUUUUCCAUGCUUAUAAGGAGGCUAUUGUAGAGGGAGACCUACAUAAGAUUUCUGAUAUAGAAACGAAACUUUAUGCCAUAGAAACGGAAAAGAAUGCUUUGGAACAACAAAUUACAAGUUUAUCGGCUGAGUUGUCUUCAGGGAAGGAGAAAUUCCUCUGGCUAAAAGCAGAUUUUGAGAACUUUAGGAAGAGGUCGGAGAAGGAUAGAUUGACACUCACAUCUGAUGUUCAAGGGGAUGUAAUUGAGAGUCUCUUGCCAAUGGUGGACAACUUUGAGAGAGCCAAGCAGCAACUUAAGCCUGAAACAGAGAAGGAGAAGAAGAUCGAUGGAAGUUAUCAGGGAAUAUACAAGCAGUUUGUCGAGAUCAUGAGAAGCUUGAAAGUAGCUGUUGUUGAGACAGUUGGGAAGCCCUUUGACCCCUCACUUCAUGAGGCCAUUGCACGUGAAGAGUCUGUAGAGUAUAAAGAAGGCAUUAUAAUCCAAGAAUUUCGACGAGGUUUUGUCCUAGGUGAUCGUCUACUGAGGCCUGCCAUGGUCAAAGUCUCAGCUGGUCCAGGACCACGGAAGCCGUCUCCUGGUUCACCGAAGCCGAAGCCCACGGAACAGCUAGGUGGAGUGCAAGAUUCAAGUGUAAGUCCACAACCUUCAGAGGUUGGUAACAUCUAAUUUUGUAACAUUGAACUUGUGAUAUUCGAUAGAAAUCAUUUAUCAUGCAUGCCUUUCAAUAGAAAUCAUUUAUCAUGUUACCUUCAGAGGUUGGUAACGUCUAAUUUUGUAACAUUGAACUUCGUUUCAUCUGUUCUUUUCCUGCACCUGAAGGUUUACUGCCCACAAGUCAACAUUCAUAUGCCAAACUAUGUUCUCUCGUAUGCCAAACUAUGUUCUCCUAUU